CUAGGCAUGGGUUUUAACGUUUCAGUAUUUAAUAUUUAUUAAGAAUAAAACUUUAUAAAAAUGGGUACUACGGGACAGUCAAUUACUUUGGCAAACAGUAUCAUUGGUGUUGGUAUAUUAGCCAUGCCUUUUUGUUUUCAACAGUGUGGAGUUCUUUUAGCAACACUAAUACUUCUAUCAAUGGGACUGGUUUCCAGAUUGUGUUGUUACUUUCUUCUUAAGUCAGCAAUAAUAACCCGAAGGAGAAAUUAUGAAUUUUUAGCCUUUCAUGUUUUUGGUCCCUCUGGGAAGUUAGCAGUGGAAGUGGGCAUAAUUGGUUUUCUAAUGGGAACAUGUAUUGCAUAUUUUGUUGUUGUCGGAGAUCUGGGACCUCAGAUUAUUGCAAAAAUGUUAAAUAUCAACCAGAGUGAUAUUUUAAGGACAUCCAUAAUGGUAAUAGUGUCUCUGGUGUGUGUGUUGCCGCUAGGGCUGUUGAGAAAUGUGGACAGUUUGAGUAAUGUCAGUGCUGCCACUAUUGCAUUCUAUUUCUGUUUGGUUAUGAAGGUAAUAUCAGAUGCAGGCACACAGUUGCUGGCGGAUGAUUGGCACAAUCGUCUGGAGUUAUGGAAACCAUCUGGAUUGUUGCAAUGUGUACCUAUAUUCUCUAUGGCGCUGUUUUGUCAAACGCAGCUGUUCGAAAUAUUUGAAUCAAUGCCGUCAUUGUCAUUGGAGAAAAUGAGUGUGGUGACAAAGAAUGCUAUCAAUAUAUGUACUGGGGUGUACUUCACUCUUGGAGUGUUCGGAUAUGUUGCUUUUGGAUCUAAGGAGAUAUCUGGUAACAUUCUGAUGAGUUUGAGUCCAACGAUGGCGAGUGACGUCAUCAAACUGGGCUUCGUAAUGUCGCUAGCGUUUAGUUUCCCGCUCAUUAUAUUUCCGUGUAGAGCUAGCUUGUAUUCGUUCUUGUACAGGAAGGUACAUCCAGCACACCACGACCACAUCAUAAACCACUCCAUCCCCGAGCACACGUUCCGGUGCAUGACAGUGGCCAUUAUCGCCGUGUCCCUGUUCAUCAGCCUCUUGAUCCCGAACAUCGAGCUGGUACUGGGGUUGGUUGGCUCCACUAUCGGAGUGCUGAUAUGCGUGGUAUUCCCUGCAGCCUGUUUCGUGAACGUCACCUUCAAGAAUACUAAUGAAAGAGUCUUGGCAAAGUUUACAGUGAUCUUCGGUCUCAUCAUAUUAGUGUUGGGAACAUUUGCUAAUCUACAAGCCGCAGAGAACACGAGAGAUAAAUAUUUCGAUGAGAAGUACAUAACACAGGAGCGUAUUGAUAAAAUUGUUGAAGACUUCUUUCAGAAAAUGGAGAAAUCGGAUGAAUCGGUUAAACCACAAGCAAGUGUACCAAUCAUUGUAAAAAUGAAUACCAAGGAUAACAUAGAGAAGGAUUCUGUAGUCUUACCGCCAAAUCCUAUUCCACCAGACUCACAGCCACUCGAAAAUAAACUCGCUGAAGAUGCAUCUAAAAAAAUAGUAGGAAAGCAGCAAAUGAAGGAAGACAAGAUAGAAAUUUUACCAAAUGAUAAGGAAGUUGUAAACAAGGUGUCUGAAGAAAACAAUAUUCCUCCACCAGAUCCUAAAAAAGUAAAUGGUAAAUUGCAACCCAUUCCCAAACUAGAAGAAAAAGUACAGUCGAACCAAGAAAGUUUAGACAUCAAACAGCAACAGUUAAUUGAAACUAUAAAACAACAUGGCGAAGAGCAAAAGGAAUUGAUAAAAGAACAGAAAGAAAUUCUAGAUGAACUUAUUAAAACGAAAAAAGAAAUUGAAAAAAAUAAAGAAGAAAAAGAUAGCAAUGAGGCUAAAAAGAUUGCUGUCGAAAGUAUACAGAAAAUUGCAAAUGUUGCGAUACAGAGUUUAACUGGAGUCUCUGAUAGUCCUGGUCAAAAUGUUGAUGCUGUGAAAUUAAAAGAGAAUAUCGCCAAGAAUGCAGUUAAUGAUAUAGCGAAAGCUGUUGAGGCUUUAGAUACCAUUAAAAAGGCAAAUGAAAAAGAUGAUCACAAGAUACGUCAGGAAAUCAAUGAGUUAAAGUUAAAAAAACAACACAACCUAAUACCUGCAGCAUCAGUGCUUUCUAAUUCUCAGGAUAAUAAACAAAAUAUUAAGAUACAUGAUCUGAAAUCAGUUGAACAAAAUAAUAUUGUAAAAACCAGUAUUCCUGAAAUUGUACGAAAUGGAGAUAUACCGCAAAAAAAAGUUCAAAAUAAGAUUGUUGAAAGUAUACAGGAAAAUAAACAAAGUAUCCCACCAAUUGAAAAUAAAAUAAAACCUGAUAACCAAGAAAGACAUAAAGAGAAUUCAGAGGCAAAUAUACGACUAGCAAAUCAACAGUUCAAGUCAUUAGAUGAGCCAAAAUCAUAUAAAGAAGGGAAAGGUGCUCAGAAAGUUAAGGAGAAAAAUAAAGUUGGUAGUAUGCCAUUAGUAAUAGCUUUGAGCGAAAAAUCAAAGUCUCAAAAAAUACAAACUGAAAAUGACAUAAAAAACAACAACGAUAUUGCUAAACCAAUUCCCAGUGACGGCAACUUAUACAAUGAAAUUAAGGACAGAAAUAUUAAAAAAGACACGCGCAGACAAAAGCGUGAAGUAGUCACCGUGGAAGAUUCGCUAGAUAAUAAUAAAAUUUGUAAUAAAGAUGCGCCUGAUGAGAAACUACAUAGAGAAAUUAAUGAAAUUUUACCUAAGGUUGAUUUAAACGAUGUUUUAUCUAAAAAUCUACCAAUACCGGCGUUAGACGUGCACCAUAUACGAUCUCUGAAGAGUAUCGAACCCGAAGAUUAGACACUAUUGAACAAAGUAAUGCUAGUGAAUAUUUGAUUUCAAAUAUAUUUAUACAUUAAAAAAGUUAACGUGUCGUAGUUGUGCAGUGCCGGUUUUAGCUUGACCAACGCCCAGGAUAAGAUUUCUAAGAUAGAUUUCCAGAUAAGGGCGGAUCAUUGGCAUUCAAACUCCUUCAAAAAAAUUUUGAACACUAUAAUAAAAUAUGUAAUAUUUUUUCAAAGUUUACUUUCCUAGGAAGUCUGCAAUAAUAUUAGAAUUUUGAAAAAUAAUCUCGUUUAUUUGUGCACUGAAACUGGUAACUAAGUCGAUUAACAAACAAAUAAGUUAAUUGGAAUAAUAGGCCGAUAUUGUCGCAGGCUCCCGCUCGUAAUAAAUCAACAGCGGUUUCGGGAGAGCAAUUAGGAAACAGCUUCGAUUCGACUUCGCCCGCCACGUGCCAAUUUGUUUUCAGUUUUCGAAUUCAUCUGAACGUUUUAGUCGAAGCUUUAUAAGGUCGGCGACGCUAUGGUGAUUCCUCUGGUGUUACAAGAGAGUGUAUGAUCUGUGGUGAUCACUUACUCACAUACCAUCGGGUGACAAGUAUGCUCGUUUUUCCUCCUAUUCCAUUAAAAACAGCCGCGAUGCCCUGCACCAAACAAAACUUGUAUUUUGUAGAGUUACCACAACCACCAAUUAUACGAAUACUUUAUUACAUCAUCUUCAUUACAUGAAUAGUGGUCAUAUGUAAUUUAACGUUUUCUUAUCUGGCAUCUGUUUGUUGUAAAGACAUAUAUCUCAUAUUGUGCUUAGUCUACGAUCUGCAAGCAUCUUUUUAUUCACUAUAUAGGUAUCUAUUGGGUACACGUAAUAUUAAUAUUUGGUUAAAUAUAUUCUCUCCUUCACAUCCAUCUGUAACCUUUGAUUUACAGAUACAUGUGACUUCGGAUUCAUAUAAAUUGUACUUACAAUGUGUGAAGAGUUCUUCACUAUUCAGUUUUCUGACUAUUCAGAGAUUCUGUAUUUAUAAGUUUGGCAGUAUAGAUCCAUAGAUUUCGAGAAAGAAUUUUUAUACUAGAUUAGUGAAAUAAAAUCUUAUAUUAUUGUAAUUUCAGUGCAUUUUCUCUUUAUUAUAAGUGUAGGUUUAUUUUAAUCUCACAUAGUUAUUAUAUAUUUCAGGAACCUCUUUGCCAAAGGGGUCAAAGUCAACUUGUAUUUAAAUUAUUCUAUAACAUUAUUAUAUUAAGAUUUAUGAUCUCAUAUAAAAAAAAUCCUAUAUAGUUUAAUGAGGAUUUCGAAAUAUUUUCUAAGACUUAGAAAUCAUUUCAACUAGAAAUGAAUGUUAAUAAGAAAACAAAAGAAAAAAGGAUUUUGCGCAAAAAAAUGACACGUUUUCAUUCAAGUACAGAGCAAAAUGAUGUGAGACGGAUGUUAAACAAAAAAUACAGUAUAGAGAACCGGUGUCUACCACAUACAAAUGAUAUAGCCAAAAUUUGAUGUCUGCUCAUUUUAAUGUUUAAUUAUUUUUAUGUAUUAGUAUCAUUAAAUUAUUUUAAUCAUU